AUGGGUGGCAAAGUGGCAAGAGAAGAUACAAUAGCUGUACCAUACAUCUGGCACCCCUGUCUACAUAAUUAUAUAGAAACAUUUCCAACAAGUGAUGGAACCAAAAAAACAGCUCCAAGUGUACCUACAAGCAUCUCAGACAUGCUGAAACUAUGUGAGGCUGAUCCAGUGGAUCUUCUCAUUGAUCUUGGAUUUGGCAUAGAUGAACCUGAUAUCUGCACUAAAAUUCCUUCUCGUUUUAUCAUGACACCUUCCGAAGCUAGAGGGAUUACCACUAGAGUGUUUUUAGAGGCACAGAAAAGGCGGAUGGAAAUUGAAAAUCCUAAUGUGUGUGGCCGUUUCCGGCAACUGGAAGUCUUAGAACAAGUGACAAGUGCAUUUUCCUCAUUACUAAAUGAUAUUCACACUAUUAAACAUAAGGAUAGUCCGAAUGCAAAUUCUGAGAGAAAAUCUAAACUUACUCCAGAGAGGAGAAGAAGAAUACGACAGCUUCUUUGGAAAUUUUCUAAGCAGGUGAAAAUAGUUGACGAAAACUUAAGCCCUACUAAAGCAGAACCUGAGGUACCUAAGGAAGACCAAAAGCAACCAGGGAAUUUCAAAGAUUACAGUAACUUGAAGGUCUUCAGAAAGCAGAAACAUAGUGCUGCAGAGUGCAGUUUGGUGACUUCGACAGCUAGUGACAAUUGCAACAAGCUACCUGAUGGGCAAGAAUCUGAAGCAUGUUCACUUUCUACACCUAUGAAACAAUGUAGCCAUCCUGACAUGAAAAGCAAAAUGACAACACUGAAGGACUCAAGGGUGGUUUCCAAAACAUUACAAAAAAAUGUUCAACAAAGACUCCAACCUCUAUAUCCAGAGUCAUUUGAAAUGGAAGAGGUACUGAGUUUUGAAGAAGAUUGUCCUAGAGCAAUGAAUCAGGACAGCAUAUCAGAGAUGACCAGAACAAAUAGCUGCCAGUCUGACAGUAGCGGAUUUCAAGAAGAACCUCCAGAGCCUUUACCUUUACAGAAUCUUCAUGAAAGUUCAGACAGUAAUGAUAGCCAGACUACUCUCAGGGAAAAAGCUGAUUUCUCUAUCUUUCAUGCUGAAAGCGAAGAAUAUAAUGAUGUCAGUCACAUCACUGAACCAUUGGAGUCAUGUGAAAAUAUUACGAUAAGUAGACUUAAGACAAAGAAAGAACAGUAUAAGUCGUCAAUGAACACUGAAAACAGUGAUGAAAUCUUUCAGAGUUUUGAUAGUCAGACUGAUAAUGAUGAUAAACACAUUAUACAAGAAAUUCAAAGUCAAGAGCCAACACCAGGAGAUACAGAAAACGAAGCACAUUCAAAUAGUGGCGACUGUCUGCUAUCACAUGAAAUGGAUGGUUCAGCCAGCGAGUAUCAAGUACUGUCCCCAGAGGUUCCUUCAGAAGUUGACUUCCCAAUUUAUGUCACACAUUACUUCAGUGAUACUAGGCAAAGUACCCUUGAAUUCCUUGCUGAGAUAAAUGAUAGUCUAAUGCCAGACUUCUCUGAAGAAUGUGUAAGUGAUCUACAAAAGAAUGACUUUGACAGGGAUUCAUUUGCAGAUGAUGAGUGUUCAGUAGAGUUGUCCAACCUAAAAAGGACACCAUCUCCCACAACUGAUUUACAUAGCUUCAGUUUCAAAGUCCAUACUCCAGAUGGAUCAGUAGAUUACUCUGAUGAGGAAUUAAAUACUAGCUACCAAGACAAAAAAUGCACGUUUCAAACGGAAUUAAACACAAAUAUUUACAAGUCAGUUACCAUUCAGAUGUCUUCAAAGUGGUUACAAGAUACCAAUAACGGACCAAAUAGACCUAAUAAUUUAUAUAACACAAAUACUAACAAAAGUGAAGUGCAUGCUUUGUUACAGUGCAGUACAGAGCAAAAGGAAGCCUUUAGUCAGACUGAUGGGUGGUGGAAUGAAUGCUGUACUAACAAUCACUGUUCACAUCAGCGGAGCUGCUAUAUCACAGAAUCAUUGUCAUUUGAUACUGCUCUCUGCCCCCCGCAUCAUUCUCCACAUUUACCAAUGAACACUCAUUUCUGUCAUUGCUGUCACUGCCAUUACUGCUGUAUUCCACGAAGCGCAACAAGGUGCAGGCACAAUAUAUCCACAAGGCCAUCUGCUAACAUCAACCUUGAGAAAGAGUUAUCAGAUACUCUGAAGUUAUUGAGGGAGUCAUUAAUCACUAUAUCACUGAAUACAGACCAGGAUGUGGAAAACAUGAAAAGAGCAUGUCAGAAAUAUCGGGGGACGCUAAUAGAAGUUGAACAAUGUAUGUCCGAACAGCAAGCUGGAUGCUACCCUUAUUUUUCAAGGGAAGAAAGAGAAAAUAUGAGAAGAUUGCAUUUGUUACGUCAAAAUGUCUUGAAAGAAUCACUGGAAUUGGAAUUUAAUUUGGAUGCACGGGCGCAUCGGGUGAAGGAGACCAUUUCAAUGCAACUUGAAGAGGUUCUGGAAGAACAAUCAAGACUUUACUCAGAGCUUGAGUUUUAUAACUUGGAACAAGAUAGAGUCCAUACAGAACGCUAUAGAAGUUUACAUAGGGCCCACAGUUUACCAUCUACUUCACCUUGUUCAGUUCACAAAGAAGAUCAAGGUACCCCAAUAAACAAGGAAGACUCCAAGACUCAGUCACAAAGGAUUGACCUAAGCACUAUUUUACAAAAUAUCAAAAAAACCUUCCGGAGUUUUAACAAUUCUUAAACUUGAAGCAAAAGCUCAGGAAUUCACAUUUAAGUCUUAUGGAUUUUGGUCAUCAUCCGUUUGUACAAAACAAUAUACAGUGGCAUGCCUAGAAAGUACACAUUCAUUAUGUUUCUCAGCUUGGAGAAAUAAAAAACUGUAAAUUGUUUUUAGGAGGCCAAACAAUGUAGUCCAUUUUUUUUUUUAAUUCAGGACUAGAGGGAAACAAUUAUCUGAUAGUAAAAAGGAUACAUUUUCCAAGUUUUACUUGUUUACAGUAAAGGCAGUCAUGCAUUCUACUCUAAAGUUGAUCAAAAUGGACUUUUUCAACCAAAAUGACCAGUAUCAGAUGAAACUUAAAACGUUAUCCCAUGACUUAUGUAAAAAAUUAA